AUGGAAAACUGUUUCACCACAAUAUUUAAUCAGCGAAAACGUAAGUCAAUACUUUUUGCAUUGGGAAUAGCUGUUCUCUAUGCCGUUUAUUAUUUCAAACUGAAUUCAACAAUACCAACGACAUUAAAUAUUCAAGCGACAAAAACAAUUGCUCCUCAAAUACCAAAUCUGUCGAAGUAUGUCAAUAUUAUUGAUCUACAUGAAGAUACAAAAGAAAACUUUACAUGUAUCGAAACGAAAUAUCUACUUCAUAUUGUUAAAACUACCAUUUGCCUUCAUGAUACCCGAGAUGCGGUGAGUAAUGAUAUAAAGAAGAAGAAAAUAUGGGAAGAACGACUCAUUACCGAAGUAAUUAGCUUCUUAAUUAAAUAUCCUCAUAUGGAUUUCAUUGAUGUUGGAGCUAAUGUUGGAAGUUAUACCAUGUUUGCAGCUUCGUUUGGUAGACGUGUGAUUUCGAUAGAAUGCUUCAAGCCUAACAUAAAUCGGAUUCGCAAGGCAGUGCAAAUCGAAAACGUCCAAGACAAAGUUGUACUGGUUGGUAAUGCUAUCUAUUCUGAAUCAGGUAAAACUUUCAAAAUGAAUUCCGAUCCUUUUAAUGUUGGCGCACAAGCAAUUAUCGAAAAAGACACUGGAGAAUAUUCAAACGAUGAUAUGUAUGCUGUGACAACGAUACGAUUUGAUGAAAUUCUUCCAAUACUGCAAGACAAAGACAUUCGAAACGCUGUUAUGAAAGUUGACAUUCAAUGGGCCGAGAUUUUCCUAUGCGAAACUGGUAAAAAAGUAUUUGAUUAUGUCAACAUACCUGUUGUACUAAUGGAAUGGGAUGCGGUACCUCAUGCUAAAGCUCGUAUGGGCGUUGUUUUAAAGUUUUUUAUUGAACGCGGAUACGUCGCUACAAAAGAUAUGUGCGCUGAUCUUAAUACAGCCGAUGCUUUUAAUUCGUGGCCAGGCGAUAUUUUCUGGGUGAACAUGAACCGAUCACAAAUUUGCUAA